AUGCGGAAGCCUUUCAAUCUCCACGGUUACUACUUUGUUUCGAAUUGGAGUUAUAAGUAUCAGUACGAUGAUGUUCGUUACAAUAUUCAACAAUAUUUUGCGAAUGACAUCAAACACUACCAAAAGGUAAACGACUUUAACCAAAGUCACAGAUGCAAAAUCGACACGCUUUCGGGUUUCAAUGCAGGGUUUUGUUCUUUCUGGAGAGAUCAGUCAAAACCAAAAGAUUCAAACAACUAUAUUGCAUCAGGUUUGACUAUAUUCAUGCCAAAGUUGACAAAGAAGCUAAAGACACAAGAGGAUUAUUUAAAAAGUUUAAAGCGAUUAAUCGCCAUGGAGAACGCUGGUUUAGCCGAUUUUGCUGUCAACUACGAAAAUAUGUUUAUGGAUAAGGGAAAGUUUAUAUUUUCCAAUUAUAGUUCACCAUCAACUAGACCUAGUUCAGCUGAAAGUGAUGAUAGUCAAGAACUUGAAAGUUUACAAACACAGAAGAUCAUCGAGUUUGCCGGGAUAUGGCGUGAGAAGGACCCUGAAUAUCUGAAUAUUAUUGCUCAAGAAAGUGUAAACCGUUUCGAAGAAGAAACUCAAAGAGAAAUCACAGAAUCUCAACAAAGCAGGAUGGUGACAAUACCUAUCAUAAACAGAGAAAAACUGCAUAGUUCGUAA